AUUUAUUAACGGAAAUUCAUGAAGGUCGUAGAGAAAAGAUCAUUCCCGAUACACCUGAAGCUUAUGUACAAAUUUAUACCGAAAAUAAUCAAAUGAGCAUAAAAUCUAGUCAUCAAUUAUCAAAAGAACAGCAGGUUAAUUCAAAUUCUUAUUCAAAUAUUUAUAAUUCAUCACAUUAUAAUUAUAUGAAUAUGUGUAUGUCAACUAAUGAUUUCUUCAAUAGCAAAUCAGUUGUUAAUUUAAAUUCUGUUUCAAGUAUUUAUAAUUCAUCACAUGCAGAAUUAUCCCAAAUUAUUCACAAUAAGAAUAUGGAUGAAUCGACUUAUGUUCCGAUUACAAAAUUUUAUCUUUUGAUCUCAGAAAUUGGAACCGCUUUUAACGAAAUCUUUGACAUUGAAGUGGUUGCCGAACAUAACAAACGAACUUUCAAUGUAAUAAUAACAAUUAAAAAAUUCGCUAGAGAAAUUUCUCAAAUGAAAACUUUAAUAAAAUAUAUUCAAGCAGGCAGUAUUGAGAAAAGUUUAAAUGAGCUUUGUUCCGACCUCAAUGAAUGUAUCAUUUCAUUAAAAUCCAUUAAAGAUAUAAUUCAUGUUGAAGAUGUAAUUAAACAAUUCAAAACCGAUCAAGUUGAUUUAAAUAAAUAUCUGGAAGAAAUGAAAAUUGAAGAUAAAGAAAAUGGUGAUGUCAAGAAAAUUAGAGAAGAAGUUUCUUCAAUGGUGGUAAAAGUCAAUGUAAUGAAUCAUACAAUGGAAAGAUUAACGAGCGUCCAUGUUGUUACCUCCGAACAGGAUCAAAUGAGAAUCGAUCAAAUUUUCCGGGUUCAUAAGCUAAAUUUAUCGAAUUAUAAAGAAACAAAUGAUAAUUAUAAACCACGGCAGGGUGUUACUAAAUGGGUUGAUGAUAAAGGUCAAGAAUUUGCAUUCAAGAAUAUUUCUAAUGCAAAAGAGGACAUAAUUAAUAUACAAAAUCAAGUUACAAUUCUUAAAGAAUUUCAAAAUUACCAAUAUAUUAUUAAAAUUUUUGGACUGGUCAAUCAUGCGAAUAUAUUCUAUUUGGUAACAGAAUGGGCUGAAUUUGGAAAUUUACGCGAAUUUUAUACAAACUUUAAAGAUCGAUUUAAUUCGGAAUUAAAAUCACGAAUAUCCCUUGAUAUUUCUCGUGGAUUAAAUUUUCUAAGAUCCGUUGAGAUUGUUCAUCGUGACGUUAGAUCCAAGAAUAUUUUAAUUACAUCGGAUGAGAAAGCGAAACUUGCAAAUUUUAAAUUAAGACGUUCUUCAGGUGAUGAUACAUUAAGUCAUGCUGUAAAUCUAGAACGUGUUCGUUAUUGUGCUCCUGAGAUGUUGGAUAGGGCUCCAAAUGUUAAGUAUGAUCAUAGGUGUGAAGUUUUUAGCUUUGGAAUCUUACUUUGGGAAAUCGCUGAAGCAAGAAUUCCGUAUGAACAAUAUGAUGAUAUUCUAGUUAUAUCCGAACUUAUAAAGAAACAAAAAUAUCGCGAGCCAUUUUCUGAAAAUAGCUGUAUUCCCGAAGAAUUCAAAAAAUUAGUCCAUGAUGCUGUUAAUCCCGAUCCAUAUUUCAGACCAAAACUUGCUGAUAUGGUUAAAGUACUUGGAAAUUGUUUUAAAGGAUAUCGGGAUAAUUCUUUAUUAAAAUCUUAUAGUUUAGAUCCUUCAACAAACCAAAAUUUCAAAUUGACAAAACCAAAACGAUCUUUCAAUUUCGAUCAAGAUGAUGAAUUACCAGAUUUUGGAUCAUUCGGUUACAUGACACUUUCUGAAGCAGAAAAACAACAUAAAUCAAAUGGAGAUAAAGUUGCAGCAUAUAAAUGUUUCGAAGCAUAUUCAAAAUUAGAUCAAAUCAAGGCCAAAUAUUGGAAGGCAUAUUACAUUUCAAAAGGAUUCGAUGAAUCACAUCUUAGCCCUAAGGAUAAAGAUAAAAUUGCUGCGGGUUUAUUUAAAGAAGUCGCCGAUGAUGAUGAAGCAAAUGAAUUUCCUGAAGCGAAAUUAAGAUAUGGAGAUUGUCUAUAUAAUGACAAAGGUGUUGAAAAGAAUAUUUCAGAAGCUCUCGAAUAUUUUGUAAAGGCUGCAGAUAAUGGCCUUAGGGUAGCAAUGUAUAAUGCAGGACAAUUGUAUUAUUCUGACAUUGCUGGAAAAAAAGAUCAACAAAAGGCUAUUCAUUACAUGAAAUUGGCUGUUUAUAAUGAAUAUAAACCUGCUAUUAAAUUUUAUUUUUAUUUUCUAUCGUUGAAAGCUAGUUAUUGA